GUCGCCAUGGAGGCAGCAUCGCUGCCCGCCGCGCUGGAGCUGGUGGCCGGUGGCGGCGCCGGGCUGAGCCCGGAGAAGCGGGCGGUGCUGGGGGCCUCGCUGCUGCUCCUCCAGCGCGACUACCGCUUCGAGCGGGUCUGGUUCUGGGGCUGCAUCCAGGGCGUGCGCGGCGCCUACUACAUCGCCGAGGGGCUGGGCCCCGACCGCGCCGCGCCCCGCAGCCGCCUCUACAGCUUGAACUGCGUGGAAUGGAGCCUCCUGCCACCAGCGACUGAGGACAUAGUUGCACAGGCAGAGCAGCUGAAGGGCCGCUUCCAGGGGGAUCCUUCUUUUGAGUACGAGUACACCGAGAUAAACACAGAAGAUGCUGAAAGAUUGUUUGAAGAUGGUAAGGAGCUCAUGAUCAAGGAGGAGACCCGCCUUGUAGCUACGAUAGAACAGAUAGACAGAGCAGUUGGUAUCAUCCCCCGGGGGGCAUUUGUGAAGACUCCUCUUGGGUCUGUCCAUGAAAACAGAAACUUUGAAGGUCUUUCUUUGACAGAGGCGAAAAAGUUAAGUUCCUAUUUCCAUUUUACUGAGCCUGUUAACCUGAAGAAUAAAACCCUGCUGGAAAAAGCUCUCCUGGACCCAUCCACUGACUUUCUAGACUCUCUGGAGCAUGAUAUCCCACAAGGCUCCUGGACUGUCCAGCUAGAGAAGGGAGGCACUGUGGUGGUGCUGCGGAGCCUGCUGUGGCUGGGACUCACGUUCUACCAUGUUCCAAUGACCAAGCAAUACGGCUACGUCUACUUUGGCACUGGUGAGAAGAACUUAGAUCUGCCCUUCAUGCUGUGACUCUCCUGUUUGGGACGAGGACUCAGGAACAUUUAGAUCUUAUACUUUGGAGAUUUUUGUUUACUGCUUGUUCUAUUAAAUACGUGAAACCUCUGCACAUUGAGCACGAUUCUUUUGUGCCUGGCCUCUGGGCCUGAUUCUUUUCCUAGGACUUCACUGUUUGCAAUCCUCCAACUCCAGAUUGAAUUCACUGUGUCACUGGACAUCCUUUAGGUAGUAACAAAUGGCAUUUUCUUCCAUGACAGGCAAAGCCCUAGGUCAGAAAUCAAACCUAGGCCAUCUGUCUGAUUACAAAGGCACCAUGCUUACACAGAAACUCAUUUGGAGACAACACGAAUGAAUGCCUGCUGUCACCCAUAAAUGACGAACAAAAAUAGUUUCUGCCUUGGAGUCAGAGUAGAAAGCUGAUGCAUACUGUAAGGGAUCUCUACUAAACCCUGACCUCCAGAAAGGCAUAUUGAAGAGAGUAUUUUGUUUUUCAGAUGUUAGGUUUCACCAAAAUUAGAGGGGUCUUUCCAGCUCAUGGAACUAAACUGUAGAAAAAAAUUAACUGUGAGCAUCACCUGGUCUUUUGCAAAAUGUGCUCAUUCAGGUUCAUCUCAAGGCAAUGGUUUAAUUCAGUGACUUUUCCAUUAGUAAAACUCACUGAGGAGAGCUAGCUGGGCUAGAAGACAUAGUAACUUCAGUACAUAGCAGAAAGAAAAAUCUUUUCCUUUCUGAAGGGCUGUAGUUUCAAAGCUUCAUAAAGUAGACAGUCAGCCAGAGAUUUUAUCUCAGUAUAGUUAAUGAAGUCUUGGCUCUGUCUCCCAAAGCAAAAAGCUUGGCCAGCUCAAGGAGCUGAAUGUAGGGCCUCCAUUUCACAAAGUAAGGCUAAAAAGAACCAUUAUAAUCUAAUUUGAUUUCCUGGGUAAUACGGGUUUAUCCCUACCCUUUGUUCUUGUCCACGCUGGUAGGUAUUAGCAGAUGAUUCUGAUGAAAGCAGUACAAGGUUAAGUGACAUAGUAGUACAUAAAAAAGC